CUGUAAUAAUUAUCUGGCUAUCAGAGAUUGCAUUAAAAACAUUAUAUCAAAAGUCAACCUCUUUUAGAUCACUGGGUCAUUAUAUGGCACAUUAACUUAAAAGGUGUCUUAACUUUCAUGGAAGGGAACAUGGCUUUUUUGCUCAGUGUCCCAUAAAUGUCACAUGCAUAUCCGUUCUCUCUAAUCAUUGUUCCUCUGGUGGUGAAUGUGUGAAGUGUGAACCAGCAAAGUAAACAUAGCAAGAGGGAGAAUCGCUGACCACGUGCAAGUAAGUUAUUAUUUACUGUCCAAAUUAUCAGCUGUCAUAGUGUUUGUCAUGCUUACCCAUAAAUUUAUCGAUGUUCCUAAGACACUGCUGAAUCUGUAUACUCCUGUGCACAAGGAAAAUUUGGCGCAACUUACCUUAGCAAGGCGAUUUAAAUUUUGCCCCUAAAAUGUGACCUUUUUUAAGCUGAAUAAUGGAUCUCACCCCGCUUAAAUUGUACAGAAUGUCACGACCACCAGCCAAGAAACGAUGUCAUACAAAUGAAGAGGAUAUUAGAGAAUUUAAAGAAUACUGGACUGAAAAAUUUGGCAUGAUUAAGAAAGAUAAUAAAGCAUUAUGCAUUUUAUGUUCUGAAUCAGUUGUUUGUAGGACUUCUUCUGUGAAGAGACAUUUUGAAACUGUUCAUAAAAACUUAAGUAAUGUAACUGAGCAAGAACGAAGAGAAUUAAUUUCUCGUUGCUGCUGGUUUUGAGGUUUCAAAAGUUAUUGCCCAACAUGGAAAGCCACUCAGUGAUGGGGAGUAUAUUAAAGAAGCAUGGCUAGAAUGUGCUCCUUUCCUUUUUGAUAACCUUUCAGAAAAGGACAAGAUUAUUCAGCGCAUUAAAGAUUUGUCUGUGAGUAGAAAAACAGUUUAGGAUAGGAUACUUAAGAUGGAAAUGAAUACAACUGACCAAUUAACAAAGGAUUUAGCUUCAUGUAAGUUCUUUUCUAUUUGUGUUGAUGAAAGCACAGAUAUUACAUCAUCAGCUAGGCUAGCAAUUUUUUCUCGAUUUUGUAGGGAUGAUGAGGUAUGCGAAGAGAUGAUUAACCCUGUAACACUACCUGAGCGUACCACUGGGGCUGACAUAUGUAAAGCAGUUGUGAACGAAUUAUCUAUUCGACAAAUUGACAUUUCAAAAGUAGUAUCCGUCACAACAGAUGGUGCACCCAGUAUGAUUGGUAAGGAAGCAGGAUUUGUAAAUCUGUUUGCAAAACAUGUUGGUCAUCCGCUGAUAGGUUUUCAUUGCAUCAUACAUGAGGAGGCUUUAUGUGCUAAAGCUGGUCUAAGGGAACUUCAAGAAGUGAUGCAAACAGUCACCAAGGUUGUUAAUUACAUUUCUGCACGUGCCUUAAAUAAAAGACAAUUUCGGAAUUUAUUGAAUGAGGUGGAUUCGGUGUACAAAGGACUAACAAUGUACAACAAUGUUCGUUGGCUUAGUCGAGGAUUUGUUUUGAAACGAUUUGUUGAAUGCAUGGAUGAGAUAAAUAUCUUUCUGAUUAACCAACAAAUGUCUUAUAAAGAAAUGUCUGACAUCGUGUGGGUUUGUAAACUAAUGUUUUUUGCAGAUUUAUGUGAACAUUUAAAUGACUUAAAUGUUAAAUUACAAGGCUCUGGUAAGACACUUGAUGUUAUGUUUGAUUACAUAAAGGCAUUUGAAAUGAAACUAGGAGUUUUUAAGAGGGAUGUAGAUAGUGAAAGAUUUAGAUACUUUCCAAACCUAAAGAAAUACAUCAAUGAUCUCACAAAGGAUGACAAAACAGACUGCCAGUGUCUUCAGAAGCUAUUUGUAAACAUCAUUGAGUCAACUGUUGAGCAGUUCUCAACAAGAUUUGCUAGGUUCAGAGAAUUAGAAGAGACUGCAAAAUUCAUUAAGUUUCCAGACAGUAUAAAACUGGAUGAACUAAACUUGCAGAAGUUUUCAUGGAUAGAUAUGGAUGAUUUUGAAAUGCAAUUGAUUGAAUUUCAAACUAGCUCAAUUUGGAGGCAGAAAUUUGUUGAGCUUAGAGCUGACUUGGAAAGUAUUGAAAAGGAUCGAUUAGAGAAGGGAGUAAGAGAGAGAAAUGCCGAAAACGAGGUACUGAGGACUUGGAAUACUAUUCCAGAAACUUUUGUCUGUUUAAAAAAACUUGCAACAACAUUACUAUCCAUUUUUUCAUCUACAUAUUCUUGUGAAUCAUUGUUCUCAGUGAUGAACUCUGUUAAGUCUCAUAAUAGAAGUAGCCUUACUGAUGAAACUAGUAGCGCAUGUAUAUCUCUCAAGGUUACAAAAUAUAAACCGGAUAUAAAUUAUCUAUCAUCAGGGAUGCAGCAGCAGAAGUCUCAUUGAUUCUAAAUAAAGAAAAGGUUCACAAUUAUUCGUUCUCUAAUUUUCAUUUGAUGUAUUCUGUUAAAAAUAUUAAGGAUUCGCUUUUGUUUAAUAUAAUACAGUGUGUAUUUUUGUAGGUAAAAUAACUUUUAUAUUUUCUCUGUGGUUUUUAUGCAUCAUUCAUAAAGGAUUAAGAAUCAAUAAAAGAAUA